AGGGGUGUUUUCUUUAAAUAAUCCUUGCUUGGUGACUCUGAGUACAUACACAUUUAUUCUGUCCGUUCUUUCUCCAUCUCUUUAUUUCUGUCCUGCUCCCUGUUCCCUGUUUUGUGUCCAGUUUCUUACCUUUUGGGUCUCAUUUGUUCUACCUUUCUCAUGUCAGACUUACAUACACGUUGCCUGGGACACAUAAUCUCACUCGCACAGCAUCACACAUUCUCCGGUCUUGUAUCAUUUCUCCUCCCUGAUGAUUUAUUUUCUUCCUCAGUCUUUUUGGAUUUUCACUGCUACACCUCCAUCAUCGCUGUAUUCUCCAUUUCCCUCCCAGUUUGACUCACUGCGUCAGGAUUCAACGACAGACUGAGGCUCUGAUUGGAAAUUGUGCCCCCUGCUACGAUAGAAAGAAACCUACCUCUGGCAGGCUGGCCAUUCCCCAUCCCUCCUGUAUCAAUGUAUCCUGAAUCCACCACAGACUCACCUGCUCGCCUCUCCCUUCGACAGACUGGCUCACCAGGCAUGAUCUACAGUGCUCGUUAUGGGAGCCCCAAACGACAACUGCAGUUCUACAGAAACCUUGGGAAGUCUGGCCUACGGGUGUCCUGCCUUGGAUUAGGAACAUGGGUGACAUUUGGUGGACAGAUAACAGAUGAGAUGGCAGAGCAGCUAUUGACUCUCGCAUAUGAAAAUGGCAUCAAUCUGUUUGACACAGCAGAGGUUUAUGCUGCUGGGAAGGCAGAGGUGGUGCUCGGGAAUAUUAUAAAGAAAAAAGGAUGGAGACGUUCAAGUCUGGUGAUAACAACAAAGAUCUUCUGGGGCGGAAAAGCGGAAACUGAAAGAGGUUUAUCCCGAAAGCACAUUAUAGAAGGUUUAAAAGCUUCUCUAGAAAGACUUCAGUUGGAUUAUGUGGAUGUGGUUUUUGCAAACAGACCAGACCCUAAUACACCGAUGGAAGAAACUGUCCGGGCAAUGACCCAUGUGAUAAACCAAGGUAUGGCCAUGUACUGGGGGACAUCGCGCUGGAGUCCAAUGGAGAUCAUGGAAGCAUAUUCUGUGGCACGGCAGUUCAAUCAGAUUCCUCCGAUAUGUGAGCAGGCAGAGUACCAUAUGUUCCAGAGGGAGAAGGUAGAAGUGCAGCUACCAGAGCUCUUCCAUAAGAUAGGUGUGGGGGCCAUGACAUGGUCUCCACUGGCCUGUGGGAUCAUCUCAGGGAAAUACGACGGCAGGGUACCUGCCUACUCUCGAGCCUCUCUUAAGGGUUACCAGUGGUUGAAGGACAAGAUCUUGAGCGAGGAGGGCCGGCGUCAGCAGGCGAAGUUGAAAGAGCUGCAGGCAAUCGCGGAGCGGCUGGGCUGCACUCUGCCCCAACUCGCCAUCGCGUGGUGCCUACGGAAUGAAGGGGUGAGCUCUGUCCUAUUAGGCGCAUCCAACACCGACCAGCUGAUGGAGAACAUAGGAGCCAUCCAGGUUCUUCCAAAGUUAUCAUCCUCCAUCACACACGAGGUGGACAGCAUCCUGGGGAACAAGCCGUACAGUAAAAAGGACUACCGCUCCUAACAUGCGGCACAGCUCUGCCUAGCAGGGUCGCAGCCACUGCACCCUGCUUUUGCCUGAUCCUCUGUUUGCUUGAGCUUUUACUGAGUGAGACCCUGGCGCAUGAGUCUGGCUUCGUCGAGGCCACACAGGGCACCUCAUUUAGAGUUACAGGGAUAAGAAAAAGGGGGGAAUAAGUCACCUCCACACGAAGGGAUUGACCAUGAAGAUGAGAGUGGAAGAGAGUGUAUGCUCAUACUUGUACAUUCAAGUCAGCUGAACGUGUUUUAAAAUCAUAGGGAGACUUAAAAAUAUAUAUAUUUAAGAAAAAGCACACGCUUGCUUGGCAGCCAGAUUUCUUUUUUGCUUUUGGUUUUUCUAAAAAAAUUUAAAUGAAUGCAGCUAAAAGAAAGAUUAAAUUCAUAUUGUGUGAAUAUGGUGCACAUGUACCAUAACCAUGCAUUUCUUCAGACUUUGUGUUUACGAACACUCGUGUACUGUACAAUUCUGUCAAAA